AUGAAAUUAACAGCCGUAAAAAGCAAGUUCUUUGUCCUUACUGCGACUGCCACUACCUUCGUCUUCUUGACCAAACUGAGCAUCUUCACCGCCAGCCCAGCCCAGACAAGCACAGGGUCAGUCACGGACAACAUUGAAGUUAUCAGCGUGACCUUUGACCCGAGGAGAGCCAAAGAGGGAGACGAAGAAAGCACACAGAGGAAAAGGGAGCGCGUCAUCCUGGAGAACCGUGCGGGCGUGUUGGCCGAGCGCGCGCGCGCGGUGGCUCGAGUGUGCCAGGAGACGCCGGCGACCAAGAGCGCGCUCGAGGCUGGCAAUUUCAUCUGGGAUCUGAAGCACACGCCCAGCAUUGUGUGGUGCCCGAUUUACAAGGUCGCCUCCACCACCUGGCUCAGAAACUUCCUCCGCCUCGCCCACUUCAACGAGGACAACCCGGAGAUUCCCGAUGGCCUUCCGGAGGAAAGGAGAGAAAAAAGGAGAUUCCUGCCGAAAUAUGGAGCAAACCACAACACAGCCUUCGAGAUGUACCACAGCCCCCCCACGCUCGAGGAGAGAGACCUGGCACUGAGGAAGAGUGCCAGAGUCAUUAUCGUUAGGCACCCGUUUACCAGACUUCUCUCCGCCUACCGUGACAAGAUAAUCAAGGCAAACCCCCGUCCCAAGAAGUUCAAGUUUAAGGAGCUCCAGGCAUACAUCGUGGCGAAAUACCGGAAGGGCCACAGUGCCAGUGCCAGUGCCCCUCCUAGGCCGACCUUCCCCGAGUUCGUCCAACACGUGAUCGACUCCACGCAGAAUCUGUCGAGUGCUGCUGAGUGGAGGGAAAACGUAAAGUGCUGGACACCGUACUGGGCUCAUUGCAACGUCUGCAACUUCGACUACACCGUCAUAAUGAAACUCGAAAGCAUGCAACAGGACGAGCAAUUCCUCAUUACACUGUCUCAUCUUGACGAACUUAAGAAUCGCACCAGCUGGGUCCAUCUAAACGGCGCUUCAUCGACUCAGCUGGCAAUGCAAUAUUACAAGGAACUGACACGUCAUCAGAUGUCACAGCUGUACAAACGUUACGAACUGGACUUUAAGCUUUUCCAGUAUGAUAUAGAUGAUUUCCUGUCCAUUGCAAAGGACGCGUGA